GGGGGGGUGUAUUAUCCAAGUGUUGGUUGAUCAUAAAUCUGGUUGGCAGUUGAAAUGAUUGAGCUCUAAUGCCUGCUCUUGGAAGUGUGAAAUUUCUUCUUCUGUUAUUGUUAUUUUUCUGUUUCUUAUUCUGAUCUUGUAAAGUUCAGUGGAGAGGUUCUGAAAGAUUGCUUAUUGUCUGGUCUUAAAACUGCAAAGCAUCUUACUGGAAAUAGGCUUUUUUCGUUGGUUAUAACAUACUCAAUUUUAACUCUCUAUAAAUUUUAGAAUACAUUUUAGAAAUAAGCUCUUUAUAAAUAUUUCACCUUGGGGCUAAAGGGGGAAUCAGCAGCCUAUGUGACAGCAUAAUAUUUCAAGAUUUCUCACAAAACAUUUACUUUCCAGUAUAGGGAGGGAGGGCUGACGAGAUGAAUCAAGGCUUUGCCUAAGAGCAAGGGGAGUGGUCAUAGGGGAGGAGCCACGGACUUGUCAGGACUACCUUGUGCCUGGCACUGGCAUUCAGGGCUCCUGAGAUCCAGUGGCUGUGUCAGAGUAGCGUCAGAAUGAGAUGGGGACUUGUUGGUUAUGAGGUACAGUACCUGUCGCUGACAGAUGGGCUUGGCUCCCUGACAAACGUUACUGAAAACACGGGUUAUUCCCCUCCUCCUCAGUACCCACUCUCCGCCUUCCUUCUCUUGUUUAGACUAAUCUGUAAAAGUGAUGUAACUUAAAACAGUCCAGUGUGAGUUCAUCUUGGGGGCCAGCUAGUAUCCUGGGACUAGAGGUGGCUAAGAUCUUUUGCCUACAGAUCAGGGUAAUGACCAGAUCAAACACAGGGGUUUCCUGCCGCCAGCUAUAUAGGAGCGGUAUCGAAGUUGGACUCAUGGAAUGGGUUUUGUGCCCCCCUCUUCUUCAGGUGUUGCAGAGCACCAUGGCUGAACAACUCCUUCCCCAGGCUUUGUAUCUGAGCAACAUGCGGAAAGCUGUGAAGAUACGAGAGAGAACUCCAGAAGAUAUAUUUAAGCCUACCAACGGGAUCAUUCACCAUUUCAAAUCCAUGCACCGGUACACGCUGGAAAUGUUCAGAACUUGCCAGUUUUGUCCCCAGUUUCGGGAGAUCAUCCACAAAGCGCUCAUUGACAGAACCAUCCAGGCCUCCCUCGAAAGCCAGAAGAAGCUGAACUGGUGUCGAGAAGUCAGGAAGCUGGUGGCCCUGAAAACGAACGGUGAUGGCAACUGCCUCAUGCACGCUGCUUCCCAGUACAUGUGGGGCGUUCAGGACACAGACUUGGUCCUGAGGAAGGCACUCUUCAGCACUCUCAAGGAGACAGAUACGCGCAACUUUAAAUUCCGCUGGCAGCUGGAGUCUCUUAAGUCUCAGGAGUUUGUGGAAACGGGGCUUUGCUACGACACUCGGAAUUGGACCGAUGAGUGGGACAGCCUCGUCAAAAUGGCAUCCACAGACACACCCAUGGCCCGAGGUGGACUUCAGUAUAACUCACUGGAAGAAAUACACAUCUUUGUCCUUUGCAACAUACUCAGAAGGCCAAUCAUUGUCAUUUCAGACAAAAUGCUGAGAAGUCUGGAAUCGGGUUCCAAUUUCGCCCCUUUGAAGGUGGGCGGGAUUUACCUGCCUCUCCACUGGCCGGCCCAAGAAUGCUACCGAUACCCCAUCAUUCUCGGCUACGACAGCCAGCACUUUGUACCCCUGGUGACCCUGAAGGACAGCGGACCUGAAAUCCGAGCUGUUCCACUUGUUAACAGAGAGCGAGGAAGAUUUGAAGACUUAAAAGUUCACUUUUUGACCGAUCCUGAAAACGACAUGAAGGAAAAGCUCUUGAAAGAGUACUUGAUGGUGAUCGAAAUCCCCGUCCAAGGCUGGGACCACGGCACCACCCAUUUGAUCAAUGCUGCAAAGCUGGAUGAAGCUAACUUACCAAAAGAAAUAAACUUGGUAGAUGAUUACUUUGAACUCGUCCAGCACGAGUACAAGAAGUGGCAGGAGAACAGUGAGCAAGAGCGGAGAGAGGCGCAUGCUCAGAACCCUUUGGAACCUUCCGUGCCUCAGCUCUCCCUCAUGGACGUAAAAUGUGAAACGCCCAACUGUCCUUUCUUCAUGUCCGUGAACACCCAGCCUUUGUGCCACGAGUGCUCCGAAAGGCGGCAAAACAACCACACUAAGUCCUCAAAGCUGCACUCCAAGCUGGGCCCCGAGGGGCUCCCAGGCAUGGCGGCAGGGGCCUCGCGGGGUGAGGCCUACGAGCCCGUGGGCUGGAGCCCCGAGGAGCCGACCGGGGGGCCUCAUUCGGCCCCUCCGACGGCGCCCAGCCUUUUCCUGUUCAGCGAGACCACCGCCAUGAAAUGCAGGAGCCCUGGCUGCCCUUUCACGCUGAAUGUGCAGCACAAUGGAUUCUGUGAGCGGUGCCACCAGGCCCGGCAGCUUAACGCGGGCCACACCUCGGACAGCAUGAGGCACUUAGACCCCGGGAAGUGCCGAGCCUGCCUGCAGGAUGUCACCAGGACGUUUAAUGGGAUCUGCAGUACUUGCUUCAAAAGGACUACGGCGGAGCCCUCCUCGGGCCUCAGCUCCAGCGUCCCUCCUUCCUGUCACCAGAGGUCCAAGUCGGACCCCUCGCAGCUCAUCCAGAGUCUCUCCCCACACUCUUGCCGCAGAGCCGGGACCGAGGCUCCCUCUGGCUGCCUCUCUCAGGCCCCACGGACUCCAGGGGGAGGGACGAGCAAGUGCAGAAAAGCCGGCUGCAUGUAUUUCGGGACUCCAGAAAACAAAGGCUUCUGUACGCUGUGUUUCAUCGAGUACAGAGAAAACAAACAUUUCGUCGCCGCCUCCACGAAGGCCAGUCCCACGGCCCCCAGGUUCCAGAAUGCCGUCCCCUGCCUGGGGAGGGAAUGCGGCACCCUCGGAAGCACCGUGUUCGAAGGGUACUGCCAGAAGUGUUUCAUCGAAGCGCAGACCCAGAGAUUUCACGAGGCGAAAAGGACUGAAGAGCACCUGAGAUCGAGCCAGCGCAGAGAUGUGCCUCGGACCACACCGAGCGCCUCGAGGCCCAAGUGCGCCCGGGCCUCCUGCAAGAACAUCCUGGCCUGCCGCAGCGAGGAGCUCUGCAUGGAGUGCCAGCACCUCAGCCAGCGAGCAGGCCCGACGCCGCACCGGGGCGAGCCGGCCCCCGAGGAGCCGCCCAAGCAGCGCUGCCGCGCCCCCGCCUGCGACCACUUCGGCAACGCCAAGUGUAACGGCUACUGCAACGAGUGCUUCCAGUUCAAGCAGCUGUACGGCUGACGGCAGCGGUGGCCCGCCCGGCCGCCGGGGGCCUCGAGCCACUAGCCAGCAUGGUGCUAUGCCCUAAACGCACUGACGCCGCCGAGGGCCGUCCCCGAGGCAGAGAGCUCCCGGUGGCUUCCAGCCGGGAGGGAAGAUAAGCUCUCGGUCGCCGUCGCGGGGAGCGUUCCCAGGCGGCCCUCGAGCGAAGCUAGCGACUGGCGGUGGAUGGUGUCGGUCCGGCCCAGAGCUCGUCCUCACCUGCCACGCGGAAGGCCGGGAGCCGCGUGGCCUCGGGAUGCGUGGCAGGACCGCUCUGUCGUCCCGGGCUGGCCGGGGAACCCGGAGCCCUUCCUCUCGGCCAGCCCCGCGUCGGCCUCGCUCACAGACGUGAAGCCGAAGCCCCACGGCCCGCGGGCCCUCUGCCCGACGCCCGGGAAGCUCAGGGAGAGUGGACAUAUUCAGAGAGUCAGUAGUUAGUGGUUUUUCCCCACCUGCCUGGCUCCUUGCCCACGGACACGGCAGAAGCAGAAGCAUCCACAGACUGAUUCUGAGGCUGCUGCGACCGAACACGUUCACACUGAAAAGCAAACCAGCUGCUCUUUACAGUAUGCACCUUGGAAAAAUCCAGUUAUUUCCAUAGGGGGAAGACGUGUGACUCUCUUGGUUAUCACCGUCUUCCCUUCGAAGUUAGGGUGAGGUGUGCAUCAAAGUGUGUACAUGUAUAAUGUGCCCUUAUAUUACAUAUGAGGGAUUUUUUUCUUAUUACGGUGAAAUGCUGCCCUAGAGAUUUAAGUAGGAAGACUGAAUAAUAACCUAUUUUCUGGUUGUUGUCAGGGGCAUCGUCUGUAUAUAGCUUGCGUGAAUUUAACCAGCUGCCUUGUUAAAGUGAGCUCCCUGUUGUGUUUACGUAAGUCACUUUAUUUAUUUUAUUGCAAAUUUCAAGAUUAUUUAAAUGAAGACGUUUCUUCUGCCUGGGGAAAACGCUUGCUGUAGUGUCUUCUUGAAAUUACAUAGGCAUAGUGGUUCGUGUCACCGGCACUGGCACAAGUCCCUGACUGCGUUGGGGAUUUGGCCUCUUCGAUGCACUUUGGUUUGCCUUCCCUAAGAAAGAAGGAAUUGCAUCAAAGGUUAAUUCAUUAAAAGCUCAUGCUUCUUAAUGAAGCUUUCGGUCAGAGCCACUUCUCAGCCAUAUGAUAAGAAACAGUAGAGACAUGCCUCUGAGUAUCCUACCUCCUUAGAGAUAAGAUUAGGAAGGAACAGGGAUGAGAUUGGAGAAGGUCACGGGGAAGGUGUGGCCUUUAAUGAUGGUUUUAUUUGCUAUGCUAACGCUAUGUCCCCAGGUGCUGGCAGUGACCUCACAUCCAGUGGCCCCUUAGCAUUGGGACAGCAAAACCCUGUGACCAUGAGCUUAAGGAAAUUUCUUUCUGUCCUCAGCCUGCAGUUUCUUGUUAUGCUUUGUAUUAUUGUCAUACUUGUUCUAGACAAAACAGGGAAACACAUUGUUCCCAGAGGUAAAGGCUGCCUUUUUUUUUUUUUUUUUUUUUUUUUUUUGGUCUGCAACUUACAAUCUGAAAAUAUUAGCCGUCUAUAACUCUACGUAGCCUUUACAUGUGUUAUCUGACAUGUUUGCCACUUGGGAUGCCACCAGCCUCUUUGCUGGACAUCAAUCUUAAUAAUUUUUUUCUAAAGAUUUUAAAUAAACUUCAGUGUUCAGCUAGUUCUUCUACAGUCGGUAUUUUAAUAUUUUGUGUUUAUCAAUAUUUUCAUUCUUAAUGUGAAAAGAUGGAAUUAUUUAUACUUAAUAUAGAAAGCAUUUGAAAUUUGCACAUUUAGUUGUCCCUAAUAGUUGUUUACUCUGUUGGAUUUCUUCACGUUUUCCUAAAUAAGUGUAACUUUUUACAAAAGUCACUAUUAAAAAAUAAAUUAUUUAAGAACAGA